AUGGAUGACAAGCAACUCGUGAUGGCGGAGAAAGCAAAAGCGGGAAGUCUCGAUGUUCCUUAUCACUGCUACCUGAUAGAUGCGUCAUGGGCUGAUGUAGUCUUUGCUUUUAAAGAAUCAACGUAUCCUUCACUGGGAAGAGAGAAGAUACUCCAAAUGAUUCACAAGCAGUGGACACGACCUGAAAAUCCCAAUUAUGUUCUCCCAUGUCUGUGUGUGAGGUCUGGUUUUGAUUUAUACCUGCGCGUUAUGAAAUAUCCCCCAGGGUCUGAAAUCAUAAUGUCUGCUAUAAGUAUACCUGAUAUGGCUGUUAUUAUAAAGCAUCACGGUUUGCGACCUGUUCCUAUAGAUGUCUGUGCCGAGACACUUGGCCCAAAGGUGGAUGUCUUAGAAAGUUUGAUCACAGAAAAAACUGUGGCUGUUCUGGUAGCUCACAUCUACGGGAAGUGGUUCAAAAUGGAGGAUAUUAUUCGCAUCUCUCAUUUGCAUAAAUUACAUGUGCUUGAAGAUUGCGCAGAAGGUUUUCACGGGCUUCAAAAUGUUGGACAUCCGGAGUCCGACCUCGCAUUUUUCAGCUUUGGUGUCAUCAAGGUGUCUAGUGCAUUCGGUGGUGGGAUCGUUAAGAUUCGCGAUGCGAAACUAUACAACUCCAUGCGAGAAUUCCAUGCAUUAUAUCCGAUGCAGUCUGAUAGUGAAUACUUGAAGAAAGUUGCUAAAUAUGCUCUGGUGUUGACAGUCAGUAAUGAUAUGUCAGAACAGAUGACAAAAUACACCAAACAAACACUUCAAGCCUUGGAUAUAGACUAUAAGCAGGUGUUUCAACAGAUGCUAAAAGGUUUCCCAAAUGAAAUGAUUAAUAAAAUACGUCACCAGCCAUCAACUGUAUUACUGUAUAUGGUACAUCGAAGAGUUGCCAACUUUGACAUAAGGACUUGUGAGAUGACUAACAAGAAAAGUACAUAUGUGAAAGAUAGACUACCUAGUUGUGUGGGACUUAUUGGUACUAAGGCAGAAAUACAAAAUCACUGGUUGUUUCCAAUUCUGGUGCACAAUCCUAAAGAAGUGUGUACAGAAUUGAACAAACUUGGUGUAGACGCAUUUCAGGGAUCCACCUCGCUGUCUGUUAUAGAACCAUCAAAUGGUAACAAUAUUAUCAAUUACCUUAGCGAUCUGAUUACACACUACCCGAAAGAAGCCAAGUUUAUUCUGGAUCAUGUGCUAUACCUACCGGUACACCGCCAGGUGCCUUACCACCAUCUGGACAGGAUCAUACUCGCUAUGGAGUUGGUGAUGAAUAAGCUCGCGUAUGAGAAAUUUUGCAUCCCGCAGUUUGACUCUGAACAGAUGUUUGUCAAAGACUCACCAUCAAAGAAAGUUCCACAUAAGAUGUCAAAAUUGUGA